CGCGCGCUGCUGACAGCCUUAUAAAUAGUCGCCUCUGCGGGCGGGUGGCUGCGAGGACGGGCAGGGCACGCACUGGCCCCAGCGCCCACCCGCACCCCACCCCCAGAGCUGACUCCGCUCCCAGGACCUCGGCAGGAUGGAAGAGAAGCUGAAGAAAACCAAGAUCAUCUUCGUGGUGGGCGGGCCCGGCUCGGGGAAGGGCACCCAGUGCGAGAAGAUUGUCCAGAAGUACGGCUACACCCACCUGUCCACCGGGGACCUCCUUCGGGCCGAGGUCAGCUCGGGCUCGGCCAGGGGCAAGAUGCUGUCGGAAAUCAUGGAGAAGGGGCAGCUGGUGCCGCUGGAGACAGUGUUGGACAUGCUCCGAGACGCCAUGAUGGCCAAGGUGGAUACUUCCAAAGGCUUCCUGAUCGAUGGCUACCCUCGGGAGGUGCAGCAGGGUGAAGAGUUUGAGCGGAGGAUCGGACAGCCCACCCUGCUGCUGUAUGUGGACGCAGGCCCCGAGACCAUGACCCAGCGGCUCCUGAAGCGCGGAGAGACCAGUGGGCGUGUGGACGACAACGAGGAGACCAUCAAGAAGCGGCUGGAUACCUACUACAAGGCCACGGAACCCGUCAUCGCCUUCUAUGAGAAACGCGGCAUCGUGCGCAAGGUCAAUGCCGAAGGCUCCGUGGACAGCGUCUUCUCCCAGGUCUGCACCCACCUGGAUGCCCUCAAGUAGCAACGCCGGCCCGGAGCCCCUUCCCCAGCUCAGAGCCCAGCCCCACCCCUGUCCUGACUCAGGAGUCCUGGCCUGAGCUCAGCGCCUCCACCCCGCCCGGGAGCACAGACAGAGGAAGCCACCUUAUCCUGUUUUCACGGACAGCUGAGCACUAAAGGAAUUUCCGAGGACA